UUCUUGUCAUCUGCACCAAAUCUGUGCACAUCGUUAAAAAAAUACAGUUCAGAACCAAAUGUGUGUCGACACACUACCGAAUGUGUGUAUACUUCACGCAGAGCCGACUGUUUGCAUCGAAAAAUUCCGCUUUUGGAAUGGCAGAUCCUUUGUCGACUGCUAAUUGGUGUCGGGCGCAUUGAGGUUAAUGGCAAUUGCCCUUUUUGCUCUGCGACCGGCACUCCCAGGUCCCCAAAUGAAUAUCUUUGCGCCAGAAAUUUUUGA